CUUACCCAACGUUUGGCUAAAUUAGCAGGUCUCAAUAAGACCCAUGAGUCUCCAGGAGGUUUUGGUUCUGGUGGCAGUCGUACCGGCAGCCGAAUGAAUUCCAUGCGUAGUUCACGCAAAGUCGAUCUUAAAGCUCUUGAUAAGCUUGUAAACAACCUACUAGAACAACAAUCUUCUUCAUCUGAACAAACAAAUAAAGAUGGCUUUUCAGCUUCCACGCGACGUAAAUCAUCCAUGAAACUAAAUCGUUGGCGUCCCACCUCUCGCUCGGCUCAUAGUUUUAACAUUAACGAAGGUGGUUCCACAAACUAUGCAGCUGAACAUAGUGGUGGUGGCAGUGGUAAUAUGCCCACCAUAAUGGAAAGUACGGUAACGGUGAAUAAUCAACAUCUGGCAAAAAAUAAUAAUGAAACCACAGCAAUGCCGCGUUCACAACGUUCAUCAUGGUCUAGUUCAUUGGAGCGAACACCGGGUGCGGUACGUAAUGUUUUAAGGAAUAUAAAUGAUGGCAACAGUGAAGAGAAUCUUAAUUUAGCACAAAAUUAUCAGCCUUAAAAUUUGCUUUAUAAAUUUUGAAUUACUUCUUAAUGAAAUGUAGAUUUAUUGUCGAAAACAAUUGAUUAGAGUUAGCAUUGUGUUAUUAUUUAGAAAAAUUACUGUAUUUGUUUAUAAAUAGACAUUAAAUAAACUUAUUAAUAAAUUAAAAUUCAUAAAUUUUUUUACGAUUAUUCUUACAAUAAGUCUGCAGAUACUUAAUAAACACUCGAAAGCAGAGAAAAAUUAUAAAAUAAACUAAAAAAUAUAUUAUUGCUCUUUUUUU